UCGCGAUGUUUGGCUUAGCAGUCGGAGCAGGGAAGAGAGGCAGGCCCGUGGCAGGCGGGAAGCGGGCGGUGUUUGGCGAUGGAGCACAUCUCGACGCCCAAGGUAGAAAAUGUCAAAUUGCUCGAUCGCUACACCAACCGGAAGCCGGCAAAUGGAACUUUAUACCUGACGGCGACUCACCUGAUUUACGUCGACGCUUUGGCCGAAGUCCGGAAGGAGACCUGGAUUCUUCACCACCACAUUGCGUCCGUAGAGAAAUUGCCGCUGACCGCCUCGGGGUGCCCGCUGCUGAUCCGUUGCAAGAACUUCCGCACGGCACACUUUGUCGUUGGGCAAGAGCGGGACUGCCAUGAAGUCUACGUCUCCUUGCUCAAGCUCUCCCAGCCAGUGAAACCCGAAGAGCUGUAUGCCUUCUCUUACAAUCCCAAAAUGCCCAAAGACAACCGGGAAGCCGGCUGGAAGUUGAUUGACGUCAAAGUGGAUUACCAGAGGAUGGGGAUCCCCAACGACUACUGGGAAAUUACCGACUUCAACAAAGACUAUGAGGUCUGCAGUACGUACUCCCCGCAUCUCGCCUUGCCCAAAGCGGCUACCAAGGGGACGGUGCUGGCCAGCGCAAAGUUUCGGAGCCGAGGUCGGAUCCCAGUGCUUUCCUACUUCCACAAAGAGAAUAAUGCCGCCAUCUGCCGCUGCAGCCAGCCCUUGUCCGGCUUCAAUGCUCGCUGUCCGGAGGACGAACAACUCUUGCAGGCCAUUGGCGAGGCAAACCCAGGAAGCCCCUUCAUGUAUGUCGUAGACACGAGGCCAAAGUUGAAUGCCAUAGCCAACCGAGCGGCCGGGAAGGGCUACGAAAACGUGGACAAUUACGACAACAUCCGCUUUAAGUUCAUCGGCAUCGAAAACAUCCAUGUGAUGAGGAGCAGCCUGCAGAAGCUGUUGGAAGUGUGCGAGACAAAGUCUCCUUCCAUGAGCGACUUCCUGACGGGGCUGGAGAACUCCGGCUGGCUGCGGCACAUCAAAGCCGUGAUGGAUGCCGGCGUCUUCCUCGCCAAGGCCGUGAAAGAGGAGAAAGCCAGCGUCUUAGUCCAUUGCUCUGACGGCUGGGACCGCACGGCCCAAGUCUGCUCUGUUGCCUGUCUCCUUCUGGACCCCUUUUAUCGGACAUUCAAAGGAUUCAUGUUCCUGAUAGAAAAGGAGUGGAUUGCCAUGGGCCACAAAUUCUCACACAGGUGCGGCCACCUGGACGGCGACCCCAAGGAGGUCUCCCCAGUCUUCACGCAGUUUGUCGAAUGCACCUGGCAGCUGAUGCAGCAGUUCCCCUGCGCCUUCGCCUUCAACGAGCGCUUCCUCUUCGAGAUCCACGACCACGUCUUUUCCUGCCAAUUUGGCAACUUCCUGGGCACCUGCCACAAGGAACGGGAGGAUCUGAAAAUCUUUGAGAAGACUCAUUCCUUGUGGCCGUUCCUCCUGCAGAGGAAGCAAGAGUUCAGGAAUCCACUCUAUAAGGGAUUCGCCGCUUACAAGGAACUUCGGCCCAACACUUUCCCAUACAGUUUCCAGUUCUGGUGUGGCCUGUAUAACCGGUUUGACAAAGGGAUGCACCCAAAGCAGUGUGUCUUGGACCACCUCCUGGGCUGCAUCCGCCAGAGACUGGAGUUGGAAGAUGCUGCAGCAGAGCUGGAGGAGAAGCUUCCUCUCGCCGACGGUCUGCCCUUAGAGGAGACGUCCACCUUAUCCAAACUGACCACUGCCUCGACCGGUUGCUCCAAAUCCCCGAUGGUCAACACUCCCCAGGACUAUGGGGAAAGCCCUCCUCUGAUCCUGGCCAACGGCAGCUUGGCCAGGAAGGAAAGAGAGGGACCGGACUGCCUGCCCAAGAGCCAAGAGGGCCUUGCGAAUCCCCUCGGCGUUUUGGAGAGCGAGCUCGUGGCCGCCAAUGGCUCUGCGCAACUUGAUGCUCCAGCACUGAAUCUCCAGGACCAUUGAGCCGAGCCUCUUCUGUUGUGUCUGCGGAGCAUGCAAGAGCCUUGGCCCACAUACAGCUACGUGUUGUGUCCUGUGUGUUGAAAGUGGGCAAGGGGAAGGGGGUCCACGUUGGAGGCCCUUUGAGGAUGGAGGUCAUUGUGGGGCUGGGCUUGCAUUGAACUGGAAAAUCCUGCCGGAAUCGCCGUCCAGUUCUUCCCAACAUCGGCGCAUGGCUCUUACGGCUCAUGUCGGAGGCUGAGUGGCCCUCUUUCCCAGAAUUUUUAAAGGACGUCGCACAAAUGGGAAACGGGUGAGCCGAUGCCAAAUUGCACCAUUUGGAAGACGCUUUUUGCUUGUGACACUUUGCAUGGGGAUUCCGUAUUGCGGCACCAUCGGGUUGAAUUUCCUUGGCACUACGCUUAAUUUUUUAAUUUUUUGGUCGGUCGUCGUGCCUUUUAAUUCUGUCUUUUUCAAUUCUGUGUCCUGUCCAGCUGUUUCUUCAAUUCCUGUGACUUUUGUGGCUGUGAUGUGCAAGGGCCUGUUCUUGUCUAUAUUUUAAGAAAACACGUGGAGGUUUUCUAUCCUCUAUCGACAUUCAUGGCACUGAUGUAGUGGCACAAACACGGAGAGAGAGGUGUCCGGUGGGUUUUCAAAGCACGAGGCUUCUUGACUGCAUUUAAUACCUUUUUGCUUGUACUACUUUCCAACUAUCUGGGCGUCAUUUUUGGUAUAGGACUGGAAACACCACAUGUCUCUCUAUCAUUCGUAUACACUCACAUGGGACACAGAAAAGUCUCAAGUCCCCAGGAAAGUGUUAAAAAUCCUUGAAUCUAUUUACGAAGAAAAAUAAAUCCUUGAAUCUGAUUGUCACAAUCAUCCCAAAGGCAUUGCAUGAGGUUCCGUUCCACGCGUGUCACCAUUGCAUAGUGUGAGGAAAAGCAAUGUAAACACUACUCCUUCCAAAGGAAGGAUCUCCCUGCAGCAUCCGAACCAGGCUGAAAUAUUUUGGUUUUGACAUAUUUGAAGGAGGACGGAGAUAAGGUUUUCUGCUUCUCAUCUCAGGCAGGAAGGAGCAAGAACAUAGGGACCAAACAGCAGGAACAAGCAAUUACACCUAUGGCCUCCGUAUUGGAAACGACGAGAUGCCAUUUUUCCCGUUCGAGGCAGCCGUGGCCACCCGUUCAGGUAUCUGGCAUAGAGGACUUGGGUAUGGUGAAUGGGUUAAGCCAUACAGAGAAGGGAUUCCCCGAAAUGCAAAGGCAAGACGCCACUAUAACCAUAAAUGUAAUCUAACAAUAUAAACUAUAAGACAGUAUCUAUAUAUAUAAAAGAGUGAUGGCAUCACGGCGACCCACAAAACAACAAAAUUACAGGCCCCCCAACCUCGAAAUUUGACAACACAACCCAUCAUCCACGCCUCUAGGUUGAUACAACAAAACUAGAAGAAAAACAAAGUCCUAAUUUGAGAGAGAGGAAUAAUUGCUUUUAUCCAAUUGCUGCCAGUUAGGAGGCUAAGCUCCUCCAACUUGGUCUCCUAGCAACCCAAUAAAAAAUAAUAAAAAACCCUAAAAUUAAUUCAAUAAAAUACUAUAAUAACAGAAAAUAACUAAAAAUUAUACAAGAAAAUAAUAAAAUAUAAUAAAUAAAAAUAUAACUUACAAUAAAAUUAAUAAAAAAAUGCAAAUAACGUCAAAUAAAAAUUACACAACAAUUUUUAACCAAUACCACCACCACUUUGCCACAGCAACGCGUGGCCGGGCACAGCUAGUUUCCUAUAUAUGCUAUAGUCCUAGAACAAUGAUGGGCAACCUUUUGCGCCUGGUGUGUCAAAAUUCACCAAAAAAAUACCUAGCAUGACUUGGGUGGUGUGCCACUUACAGAAAAAAACCAUAAUUUCACAAUUUAUGUAGUUUAAAUAACAAAAAUAUAUAAUUGUAAUAUAUAACUGUAGUCAAUAAAUCAAAAACUAUUUACUACAAUUAUUUCCAUGUACAACAAUCUAUGGUACCUCUUGCAAUUUCCACGCUGAUUUCUCUCUAUUGUAGUUUCAAUGUACAGUAGAGUCUCACUUAUCCAACAUAAACGGGCCAGCAGAACGUUGGAUAAGCGAAUAUGUUGGAUAAUAAGGAGGCAUUAAGGAGAAGCCUAUUAAACAUCAAAUUAGGUUAUGAUUUUACAAAUGAAACACCAAAACAUCAUGUUAGACAACAAAUUUGGCAGAAAAAGUAGUUCAUUACGCAGUAAUGCUAUGUAGUAAUUACUGUAUUUAUGAAUUUAGCACCAAAAUAUCACGAUAUUAUGAAAACAUUGACUCCAAAAAUGUGUUGGAUAAUCCAGAAGCUUGGAUAAAUGAGUGUUGGAUAAGUGAGACUCUACUGUAGUCAUGAAUAAUUAAUAAUAUAAUAAUAAUAUAAUAGUAAUAAUAUAAUAAUAUACUACAAUUGUGUGUGUGUGUGUGUGUGUGUGUGUGUGUGUGUAUGUGUGUGUAUAUAUAUAUAUAAUGUAAUGUGCAUAUUUCCCAUGGAGUAAACAACGCAACCACUGGACCAAAUCACACCAAAUUUGGCUACAAAAGACAUUAGUCAUCCAAUCAAUCUGCAUCCGGCAGCGUGUCAGCAAAAAUGGCUAGGCGUGUCAGUGCUGACACGCGUGUCAUAGGUUGGCCAUCACUGUAAAAGAACAUUCAAUGUACAGACAAGGAUUAUAGAGAUUCAAAAUAUACUAAAUGCUUCAAAAUACACCAAAAUGGUUUAGAGACGUAUAUUUUGAAGCAUCUAGUAUAUUUCGAAUCUCUAUAAUCCUUGUCUGUACAUUGAAUGUUCUAUGACUAUAGCAUAUAUAGGAAACACUGUCUUAUAGUUUAUAUUAUUAGAUUACAUUUCUGGCUAUAGUGGACUCUUGCCUUUGCAUGGGUUAAGCUUCCACAUUUGUGAGCAUGUUUUGGGACGUUUCCAGGAGAGUCGGGUCCGAGGCUUUGAUGUCCCAGGAUCCAAAACUUUCUCAAAGACCAUCUAUGCCUUUUCUCUGCCCUUGCCAUCCGAUGUAUUUAGCAUCAGUGAUAGGCAUGUGCAUGCAGCAUGCGUUGGCAUCGGAAAGCAGUGACAUUUGAGUCCAACACUAAUGAUUUGACGCACUUUGGGAGGAAGCCUUCCUCUUCUGGUAGUUUUGGGUUUCAGAAAUCCCAGUCUGCUGGCCAAACGGAUGACCCUUAGACCCGUGCUAGAAGCAGAGUUCUCCAAACUUUGGGGACUUUCAGGUUUGGGGACUCGAACUCCCAGAAGUCUCAGCCUCUUGACCAGUGGCCAAGGAUACUGGGAGCCCAAGAGGAAUACAAUAGAGUCCCACUUAUCCAACAUAAAUGGGCCGGCAGAACGUUGGAUAAGUGAAUAUGUUGAAUAAUAAGAAGGGAUUAAGGAAAAGCCUAUUAAAUAUCAAAUUAGGUUAUGAUCCGCUCCCCGGAUUAUUAUAAUAAACUAGAUUUGUUGGGUCCAUUGCUAGACAUGUUGACUCGAUCACUUGUUAAGGUGAAAUGUGAUUUCAUCUUAUCAUGGUUUAAUCUUAAGCUGUCUUGAUAAAUCAGAGUUGUUGGGUCCAUCCAUAGGCAUGAUGGUGUGACAGUUAAGAUUAAACAUGGUUUAAUUGUAACAUGCUUUAAUAAGCUAUCAUAAUAAAUUAGCUUAAAUGUGUUGAUUUGGUCCAUCAAUGACUGGAUACCUUAAUAAAAUGGUUUAAUCUUAACGUGGUUUAAUAGUAAGCUAUCUUAAUAAACCAGGCUUGUUGGGCCCAUCAAUACACACAAUGAGUUGAUUUGGUCCAUUAAUGCACCCGAUUUUUAUUUCGUGUCAAAAGCAUUGCAUAAUAAAUAAGUUUAAAAGUGAUAAAAUAAAGGAAUGCACCCGAUUAAACAUGGCUUAAUCUUAACGUGGUUCAAUAGUAAACUAUCCUAAUAAACUAGGUUUGUUGGGACCAUCGAUACACAUGAGGAGUGGCUUUGGCAAGAGUUGCCCUGAAGUUUGUUUACUUUUUAUGCCUCUCGGCUCAAAUACCAUUUUAGAUAGAAAUGUCCCCUUGUAUCUAUGUGUACAUCUUCGUAGAACACCGUCGUGGCCGCAUUGUGUGUUGUUGUGUUUUGGUAACACAUGGACUGACCGUUCAGUAAAAGUGAGCCAGUUUUUGGUUAUUUCUGAAACGUCUGGAAAGGCGACACCUUGAAAAGCGAAAUAGUUUGCAGUUCGUGAGAGUUUGCCGGCUGAGUAUACCCUUAAAACGUAUCUGUCAAAAAACUCUGAUGAAAGGCUCCUUUGUCUCACCUUGAAUCCAUGUUUUGAGUCCAGUUUCAGUCAAUGCACUGUUUUGAAUGUCGUUUCUGACCCUUAUUAUUGAGAAUGUGGUCUGAUGGAGAGUUUGAUUUGUAAGUAUAACUUUUUUUUUAUUACCAAAAAGAAUAAAUCCCUUCCAUUUUUAACGCA